AGAAGAAGAAGAAGAAGGUAGUACAGACGCCGCCUGCCCGAACAUGAGCGGCACACGCCUGUGUUUAACGGAGCGCACCCACAUCCAAUUGGCGACGAUCCGUAUGACGUUUACGGAUGUAAACGGAGCCGAGUCUUCCUGCCGCUGUACGACAAGGUGAGAUGUUUCCAGAAAAUGUGUUGAGAACGUACACGGUAACUAGAGGAGCUGCAUGGAGCAGCUUUUCAGGGAAGAAAAGAUGAGAGUUUCCACCAGUCAACUGCAGCAGCUCACCAUCUUCACCACCGUGCUAACCGGGAGCGGGAGCGGCACCAUGUACUAUCUGCUGCAGAAGAAAUUUGUUGAGUCAGACUACCACCGGCUUGCUCUUCAGAAGUUGGAAGCAUGUCCAGUUGCCAUGGAAAGCCUGGGGGCUCCCCCUUUAAAAGUUCACAACAUCCAUUUGACUGACAGAAACAACCGCAUUGAUCAACGCACAGCACAGUCUGUGUCAACUGCCAUAGAGUCCACUUCUCAGAUUAAGAUCCCUGUGACUGGUUCAGAAACUGGAGGUUAUCUGUAUACUUCUUCAAUUCAAGACCCUGACACUAACAGGUGGAGUCUGAAACAGGCAGUCCUGAAGCUCCGGGAAGGACAGACCAUCGACCUGCUAAAUCCUCCCUCACCAGCUUCAGCCGAGAUCACAAAGGGGCUCGACACCAGCCGCUGACACUGACCAUCUCCAUCUGAAGUUGAAUUGAUUUAUUAUACAAUUUUUUAGGGGGCGCUAUCUAGCCAAACUGCAAUUUUGAAGGAUUAAAAUCAUAUCAUACAACUACAUUUAAGACAGUAAAUGUGUGUGCUAAGUUUGGGUGUGUUUUGAGCAUUUUUAUUGAGAAUGUAUUGCCUAGAUUUGAAGCCUAUCCGAUGAUUUGCCUAAGAGAAAAGGUAUAGACUAAAGCAUGAAAAAAAUCACACAGAAAUCAAGAUGGCCGACUUCCGGUACGGUUUAGAGCAUGGUCCCAAGAGACUUUCUUUUCAGUUUACAUGUGUUACAUAUGUCUACCAAGUUUUGUACAUGUAGGUCAAACGUAGCACUGGGGCUGCUUAAAUUAAUAUUUGUAGGAGGCGCUAUCGAGCCGAAUAACCAUUUAGAAGAAUAAAAUCCUAUCAGGUAA